AUGCCCAGUGAUACUACAGAAAAUGUUAGUGGUGACCUCUUGUUAAAUUGGACAGAUCUUAAAAAUAUUUUAAGUGGCUUUUUCCCCCUUCACAACAAUAUUGGCUCAAGCACAGUUACUACUUCAAAACUCAUAAAAGACCCAAGACUAACGAGAAGAGAAGAAAGCAUAGAAAAACAGAAUAAUAAAACAAGUUUAAAUGAGAUAAUGGCAUUUGAGAAGAGUUUAGAUACUGGUAAUUCAGAAAUAAACUUGUCAUCUAUGUCAGCUAGUUCUGUGUCCUCAUCUGAAAUCAACGCUGAUAAUCAUACUGUUUUUACUGAUUGUUUGGAUGCCCCUUGUUAUGAAAUUCCUUUUGAUGAUUCACAAUCUCAGAUUCAUAACAAGUACUAUAAGGAUUAUGAUUAUGCACCUCAAAAUAAAAUUACUGUGGCAGGACACUGUAAGGAACAAGACACUUUUCCCUUCCCAAUUUCUUUGUCAAACGUAGUUUCCGAAGUUAAGCACCAAAAACACAGUGAGGAAAACAUCCAGAGAUCUCAACAGAGCAUUAACAUCAGCCCACUUUUAAUUAACCAAAAUAACAAGCAAUAUAACUUCUAUGAACCAAUGGAUGCUUGUACAAAAGACUUCAGAAGUCACAUCUUUCAGGAAUCACAGUCUUCUAAUUUAAAAACGAUGUGUCAAACUGAUCACCAAAUGUCUACAAUUUCUCCUUUACAAGAGAUAGGAAACAUUGAUACAUGUAUUCAAAAUAUUGAUAUGAGGAACCAUAAAACUGAACCCGAAGACAAUUCUAAACAUGGAGAAAAGCAUAAUUUGUGGAAGGAAAUUGGUCAUUAUUUUACUAAUGAAACAAAAGCCAGUCCAAUAAAUAAUUACAUUUCAUUGCACCAAGAAUGUAACGAGGGUGGUUCUUCAGGGGAGAACUGUGGUCGAAUAUUAAUUACUCAAGAGUUAGAAAUAGCAAUAUCUUCUACAUCUACUACAAAGAGUUUAUGUGAACUAGACGAUCUAGCCGUGGAAUUACAAAACAGUCUUUCUACAAGUGUAGAGAGCCUUUUGCAAAAUCAUCCUCAGAACACUUCAGAGUAUGAAAAUAAUAACAUUCAUACAAGUUUUGUCGUUUCUCAGAAACAAAUAGAACUUAAAAGGGAUAAAGAUCAAAAUUGUGUUAGCAUUAUAACUGAUGCUCUCCAGGAAGCAAAAGACAUUUCCCCGUCCAGUGAACUACUAAUUGAUAGAGUUCUUUCAUCUCAUGGCAUUGAAACAAUUCACAGUGAUUUCAAUUAUAAUAUAACUAAAGAACAUGUAUGGGUCCGUAAGGAAAAUGAAAAUGAGCUGGUGUCAUUAGAGGACAAUCAUAAAGAUUCCAAAGGUAGUCCUCAUAUUGAAGAUAAAGGUCAAGAUAACCCUCUUUUCUGUGAUAACAUACAACAGCUGAACAAUGCUACACCCCUGAAUAUUUAUUUAAAAGAACAAGAAAAUAAAAAUAAAGCUAAUGAGGAAGCUAUUGCUUCAUCUACAGAGGACAACAUAGAGAACAUAUGUGGAGAUGGGCAGCAGAUUUUUCAUACAAACAAAACUUUUACCAAUGAAGAUGAAAGGAGGGAGAAUGAAAAUUGCAACAAUGUAGAAAUUAUAAUUUCUGAACAAUUGUCUACUACAUUUAACAUGACCUCAAAUGCUGAAGUACAAAUAGCUAGUGCUACUAUACCUGAAUUCACAAAUCAUGAAGCGCACCAAGGAUACCUGUUUAAAGAAGCUUGUUCACCUGAGAGUCCAGAUUUUGGUUUGUUAGUAAAACCUAGACUGUUGGGUUGUGAAAUUGAUAAGGAUAAAAAUAUAUUACAAGACUCAUUUCAUGAAUUCAUAAUAAAUGAGAACUUGGCUAUUCAAAGUUUAGAAUUGGAAAAUGAGAUUGAAAUAGAAACAGAAGAGUAUGAUGAUGCUUUUUUGUGUCAACAAAAUACACAUUGCCAUGGAAAUGUGCUUAGUGAAGAACUCUUUGAGGCUUUGACGUCUCGUAUCGAUUGGGAAGCUCUAUUUGGAAGCAGUAACAGGGAGGCAGAGACAUUGAAAAACACCACAAAAAGGGAGAAUACAGGUCAGCAUUACUCUGAGAAAAAUGACUGUUUUUAUUCUUCCACACAAAACACCAAAGCAGAGCAUCUCAACCCAGUUUUACUUCCAGAUCUACAGAUUAGAAUUACUAAUACAUUUAGGCCAGAAUUCAGUCACACUGCUGACUCCCAUGCAUUGAAAGACAAUAUUUACAAAGGCAUAAUUGAAUCCACAGAACCAGAAAUAAAUGAAGAAGAAAAGGUACCAGGAUUAAGAAUUUAUUGCCAGUCUUUUGGUGAAAUUUUUGAUUACCCUUGUGAGGAUAAAUUUGAUACCAUAACACAAGAAUCGGGGCUUGUUAGUGAAUCUGAAACUUCCCCUUCUUUUCAAUUAAGUCAGAAUAUACACAUGAAUCACGUGUCUGAAAACCAGAACGGUGUAUCUUUGUUUUUUGAAUCUUCAAGGGUUGAAACAGUAAAUAAUGGAAACAGCGGUUCCUUUUCAGAAUUAAAAAUGGACUGUAAUGGUACCAGAAGUAAAACACACAUGCAGCCAAGAAUUAGUAAAAGAAUGCUACAGACGUCUCUUAGGGACCAAGACAUAUCACAUAAAGCUUUAAGAAGUCAUGAAAUGUAUGGGAAAAAGAGGAGAUUAACUAGUCCAGAUUCAUAUGAAUAUUUUUCUUCAUUAUCCCAAGGACGAAUUAAAACAUUUUCACGGUCAGAAAAGGACAUCAGGAAUGUCCUCAAUGUUUUAAACAGUGAAGCAUCUUUAUGCAAAAGCAAACGUCUUUCCAGAAAACUUGACAGAGCUGUUCUUCACUUAAAAAAAGCUCAUAGAAGAGUUCACACAUCCUUGCAAAUAAUAGCUAAAGUGGGAGUAAAAAAAAAAGGCCCCUUACCAAAAUCAUAUGCAAUAAUGUGCAAUAAUUUCUGGGAAAGUUGUGACCUUGAAGGUUAUAGUUCUGUUUAUGAAAGAAAAUAUUCCACUAAGCAUUUUUUUCCAAAAAGAAAAGAUGACAAAGGUGAGAAAAGAGCUUUAGAAUUUCAUGUUAAUAAAUCAUUAACUCAUGUGUCAAAGCCUAAGUCCUAUAAAAGAAAUGGAGAGAGAAUCACAGAACACCUUUCUAAAAAAAAGGUUUCCAGCACUGUUUCUAGGUAUCAUACCACUAUUCACAUGAAAGAAUUUUGUGGUCAAGAACAACAUCCUGAAUCACAGUUGUGCCUAUCCUCCACAUCCCAAAAUACAAGUCUAUCAGCUUAUAAUAGCAACAUGAAGUUAUCAGGAUCAUCAGAACUUCAGCCUUUUUCUGGAAAAACUGGAUGCCUGUUUUCACCAGACCACCUAAAUGAGAAGUUACCUAAAAAGGAAAUUCAAAUUGAUGAAAACCUUUUAUCUAACGUAUGUAAGUAUGAAAAACUUGAGAACCAUUCAACACAGAAUAUAACAAAAGAAAGAAAUUUUAUGGCUAGUGAACUAACAAAUAAAAGUAGCUCAGUAUCUUUAAGUUGCAUAAAAGAAAGUGUAAGUGUUAACAGUGACAGAAACUGUAAUGAAACUCAUGUAGCUCACACAGAGGUGGAAACUGAUGUACUUAUUUCAGUCUCAGAAUCAGAUGCAAAUCACUUAUUAAAUGUUGAUCUCUACAAGCCAAUUACCAGUUCAUCUGAUUGUAAAAGAAACCUUGAGGUAAAUUUUCCUCUAGAAAAAUGUAUGGCUCCUCUUAAGAGCUCUAAACAGAACAUUUUCAUAAGAAACUUACUUGCAGAUUCAUUAAACCCAACGCUGAUAGCAACCAAAAAGUGUAACAGUAUUCCUCGGUUGUUUUCAUCUGCUCUAGUGACAAACAGUGAGGGGAAAUCUUCUAAAUCAUAUUUAGAUAAACAGACAUUUUUUGCAACAUCCACUACUGUAUCACAUUAUCAGCAGGAAUGUGGUGAAAAUGAGAUUCUAAAGACAGAGCAAUGCUCGUCAAAUAACUGUUUCCAAAUAGAUGGGAAUGACACAGAUGUUACUGAGAACUCCAACUUAGAUCUAACAUCAGUAAUGGAAGGAAAUAAAAAUGAUGGGGAAAAUACAAUGAAGAGCCUAUUUUCCAAUGAUGGUUUUCUUCUCCUAACAGAUAAUAUAAAGCAUUCUUCUUCACAACAAUGUAUUGCAAAGAAAAACAUUCAGGAUAGAAAAAUGUGGAAAGUUAAACAAGCAGAAAAAACAAAAGAUUUCAUUGGAGAUGUAUGCUACAAAAAACACAUGACUGAAGAAUCAUCUCUUAAGACUGAGGACAAAAACCAAAGGAAGAACUUAGAACAAGAAGAAUCCUGCUUAAGUGAUACAGCAAUUAAAAAUAACAUGAGUGAGUCUCAUCUAAGCAUUAAAAAUACCCCCUCUUCUAAGGCAUUGUCUGUGAAUAACAUAGUUCCUCAUCUAUUUAACAAAAGAAAGAGAGACUUGAAAGUUAAAGUCAACAAUGAGUCUCAGUCUGAUUCAACAGUGCAUUCAAAAAGAACCUAUAAUUUCAAACCAGGUAUUAUAGGAAUUAAUCACAUGCCUAUUUUGCAUGCCCACUCCGAAACCUCUGAAGUCACUACUCAUCAGAAGAAGCCUAUAUCAUACAUGAAUGAAUUGAAAGAAAAUCAUUACCCUGCUAAUUAUACUGGUCUCGUAGCUAAGCUAUCUCAAAUUUUGCAGAGGGCAGAUGAAGCAUCGUCUUUGCAGAUUCUACAGGAAGAAACUAAGGUUUGUGAAAAUAUUCUCCCUUCGCUUAUUGAAGCUUUUGAAAGAAACCAAGGAUGUUCACUUGAGCAAAUCUUGAUUUCACGAGAACUGUUGAUACAACAAAACCUGUGGAAUAAUUGUAGAAACAAAUUAAAGCCAUGUGCUAUUGACUCUUUGGUAGAACUCCAAAUGAUGAUGGAAACUGUUCAAUUCAUUGAAAACAAAAAAAGACUCUUAAGAGAUGAACCAACAUUUCGAAGCUUGCUUUGGUAUGAUGAGACACUGUACAGUGAGCUGCUUGGUGGACCGCGUGGUUAUCAACAACAAUCCAAUUUUUAUCCUGCUUUUCAAGGGAGAUUAAAAUAUAAUGCCUUCUGUGAGUUGCAGAAAUACCAUGAUCAGUUGAUUGAAUUGUUUGAAGAAACAAAAAGGGAAGGAAAUUCAUACUAUGCAUUCUUAAAAUACAAACGACAGAUCAAAGAGUGUGAAGCAAUAAUGAAACAUUGUUCUGAUUGUUUUGACUUCACACUUUCAGUCCCAUUUACCUGUGGUGUUAACUUUGGCGAUAGUUUAGGAGACCUAGAAACCUUAAGAAAAAGUACUUUAGAGUUGAUCAGUGUGUACAGGAACUCUCCUAAAGUUCAUUUGUAUCCAGGAAAACAAGACCACCUAUGGAUUAUCAUAGAAAUUAUCUCCUCAAAAGUUAAUUUUAUCAAAAGCAGUGAGGAACUGAGUAUUAAAAUGUCCCUUUAUGGCCUGGAACAUAUAUUUUUUGACACUGCUAAGAGUAUUGUUUGGGAAGAGAGAAGACAGUCUCUAAAAAAAUACUCAAGAAAAAAAUAUAAAGAAAUGCUACUGAAUAUUAAUCAAGAGGCUUUUUCUGAAUUGCAGAAGAUAUAUGAUACUUUGUCUAAAGAUUUAAGCAGUGAACAAAUUUACAGUAUUGGACCUGAUGAGGAUACCAUGAUUUCAUGCAAAACAUCAGAUAAUCUAAUGAAUAAUGCAACAAUUAGUAUAGAAAACUAUAGGUUUAAGAGUACUUUGCUUUCACACCCAGAUAUUUGUUGUAUUAGUGAAAUACUGGAUCAAGCUGAAUUUGCAGACUUUAAAAAAUUACAGGAACUCACUUUGAGAUGUACUAGUCACUUAGAAAUUUUAAAAAAGUACUUUCAAAUGUUGCAAGAAGAUAACAUAGAUAAUAUUUUUAUCACAGAAGAAAAUGCUUUGGACAUGAUGAAUACCCACAACCAUGGGGCUGUAAUUUUAAAACCUGAAGCUAUUGAAAUAUAUAUUGAAAUAGUUAUGGUUUUGGAAACAAUGCAUUUUCUGAAAAACUCAAUGGCAAUAAAACAAGACAAGCCAAGGUUUCGAGGUAUGCUUUGGUUUGAUUCAUCACUUCUUCCUGAGCUGGUUAAUUGUCAAGAAAAAAUGGCUAAUUUUUCAUUUCUUAAAGAUAAUUCAACAGAUUGUCUCUGGAAAGUGAUAGAUACUGCUAUUUCUGAACUUAAGAAAGAUUUAGAUAUUAUCUACAAAUACGAUGAAGCUGUUAACUGUUCAUAUGCUCUUCAUUUGCUCUCAAGAGAACUUGAAGAAGUUUCAGAAAUAAAAAAACUUCUAAAGAAUUGUAAGUGUUCCAUCUCCACAUAUAUUAACUUUGUACCAUGUAUAGCAUCCAUAAAUUAUGGAAGCACACUGACAGAGUUAGAAUACAACUACAGUCAGUUUUCUACACUGCUCAAAAAUAUAAUGGCUUCUCCUCGGAAAGACUUAGGAAAAAUGGCCCAUAUUAUGAAAGUCAUGAAAACUAUUGAACAUAUGAAGAUUAUUUGUACUAAAAAUGCUAAAUUAGCCAUUUCCUUUAUCCUGUGCCAAAUGCUGUGUAACAAAAAGAAAGCUUCCCAGUUGAAGAAAAAAGGAAAUAUGAAUAUUCAUAUUCCAAAACAUGGAAAGAGCAAAAACAAACCCAACACUUGUAUGAAUGUGCCCUCAAUUCCAGAGUGCAUAUUCAAAAACAUUUCAAAUUCCCCUAAAAAACGACCUGUUGUAGACAUAUAUGAAGACUCUCAGGAACAAAAGAAAAACACUAUUCUUACCAGUUUUAAAAAGCAAAAGGUUGAUAUGAAAGAUGUCACAAAAAUCAAUAAAGAGAAGGCAACAUUCAAGCCUCCAAGGACUACAAGAUCUCAUUCCCAAAGUGAAAACAAAGUAAGACCAAGUUCAUCUGACAGUCUGAAAAGAAACCAUGUAUCUCCAAAAAAGGCGGAAAUGACAAGAUCACUACCUGGCUCACUUUUACCUUUCAAAGACUUAAAAGACACUUGCACAGCAAAAUCAGAAAACAGAAUAGAUUUAGUUAGUAUUUCAUCUGACAUUUCAGAAGACUUCACAGGGAAACAGAGAAACUUAAAUAGCAUGAAGGAAAAUAUGACUUUUAGUACUGCUGCAAAAAAAAGCAAUAAGAAAGCAUAUCCUUUUUAUGAAAAAUAUGGUCAAAAAAGUGCAGCUAACUCAUUUUCAAAACACCGUGACACACCUUCAGAGAAAUUUCUUCAAAUUUCACCAGAUCCUGCACAGAAAUCUUGUCCAUCAAACAUUAAACCAGGAACUGAAACUGCUUUCUUGACUGAAACAUCAGUGCUCUCAAAGCCUGUUUUUCACUUUGUGAAGGACACCUAUACCAAUCUAGAAAAUAAGGACCAUGUCCUUGAACUUCAAGAUAAUGAAAUGUUAAGUUUGUCUUCUGAAAACUCUACAUGUGCUAAUUCUUCAGAGCUGUUGUUUAUUCAGAACAAAAUUCCUGCUCUUCAAGUAAACGAAAUACAACCUGAAAAAUUUGAGUCAGAGGAAAAAUGUAUGAAAGAUACACUGAGCCCCAGUACUAUUCCUAUUGGAGCAUCUGAGAACAUAAACCUCAACCUGAAUCAGACAGCAGAGUACAUUCUUUCUGAACAGCAGAGUAGUGAAAAUUCAAAAGCCCUAACUCAGAAUGCUGCCAUGCAUUGGAAUGGACUUCCACAGUCUGCAUGUACCCCAAUGUAUAAUUCUUCUCAACAUUCAUUUGGAAUGUCAUAUCCUUGCUAUGCUUUAUGUAUUUAUCAUUACAGUAACAUCAAUGGCAGUUCCAUAACCCAGACAUACCAAGGGAUAACAUCUUAUGAAGCCCAAGCACUUCCUUCUGGGAUGUUGACUACAGUUGCAAGCUCUGUCCAAAACACACAUUCUAAUCAUUUUUACUCUCAAUAUUUUGGUUAUGUUGCUGAAGAACCACAAACCAAUGACUUUAUGCCCAUGAGUAGGUAUUUUCAAUCUCCAAUGCCAACUCCUCCUUAUAAUUUUCAGCAGCCAAUUUUUCUGCAGUCUGCUUCCCGUCAAGCUGCACACCCUUGCCCUCCUAAUCCUGGUGUGCUUCCAGAAGUUCCUUGGAUUUACGCUCCAUGGCAACAAGAAUCCUUUCAGCCAGGACACUGA